AUGUACAGUAUGUGUGCGUGUGUGUGUGUAGGUACAGUAUGCGUGUGUGUGUGUGUGUAUGUACAGUAUGUGUGCGUGUCUGUGUGUGUGUAGGUACAGUAUGCGUGUGCGUGUGCACUGUUGUCUGCUCUGGAAAAUGGCAAGAUUUUGUAAAUGUGAGGACUGUAAACGGUGUGCCCACGCGUUUGUUGUGGAAAUGUACUGAACAAAAUUGUCUGAUGUUGAAUCUGUAAGACUGCCAGUUUGGGAUAAUUGUAGCUGGACAGGUUUUGUUUAAAAAAACAAAAAUUCCAGACAUUUUCCACAUUAGCUGGUUUUAAUUAUCCUCUUAAAUUUAUUGUUCUACUUUUCAUGUGGGUGUAUGGCUUUUGUUGAAAAUGUACCAUUUUUUCUACUUGAGACAAAAUGUAAAUUACCAAGAAUGUUCUAGUUAAAUCCCAUCGACACGACGUGCGAGAAGGACCGCUAUGCAGGACACGUAUGUGCUGCUCCCACUGUCCACCAAACGGCGCCAGAACAUCGCGCUGCACGGCGCGAAUUCCCUUUGUCAACCCGGGCUGUCGGUAGACCGCAUUGCUCACGGACAGACAGGGAAGCUCCUGUACGGCGUGUCGGUGGUUCUUUGGUGCAUUUUCUGCUCAGAUUGUGUCUACUCCGUAUUGUCCCAUUUAUGUGUGUGUACCUUACAGUGUGGUACUCCUGUACUUCAUUAUAAGACGGUCCACUGAGUUGGCACGCCCUGCAGCCUGGAGGUUCGAGAAUGAACACUGAUAAGGGAGUUAUUUGUAUGUACUUAUCUGCUGUCGAAUAGAUAAUUUUACCAGGAAUAUAGAUAUGCGAGCUUCGAACUGAUUAUGCGGGACUGCUGAUUAAUGGAAAUAAAAUUAAUUAAUAAGAGUCGUGUGCCCGUGCACGUAAUAAACUGCAUCAGCACAAGUCGCUCGGUAGUAAUCGGGAAACUAAAGGGAACCCUCCCCAAAAAAACAUCCCUCCGCAGCUACGUCGCCUAUCCUCUCAGGCUCCGCUUUAGGCUAGUUUAUUUCUUACAUGUACACUACACCCCCUCCCUCCGGCCACCCCUCCACCGCCUCUCCCUCCCUCCCUUCCUCCCUCUCUCUCCCAUCUCCCAUCUCCACCCGGGUCCAGUUAGAAUCACACCCUUCGCGCAGCGCGCUAGAAGAUGCCAGAGCCAAGGUAGCUGACUGGAAUGCGCUUCCCUGCGACUGUGUCCUGGUCGAAUGUUUUUCAUCAAGGUUUACAGAAUUUAAAUCCAUAAAACCAAAAAAACCGACGGUUUCUCGGUCACUUUCAGCGUAACGUUUUUUUGUAUAAAAAAAAAAUCGAUCAGCAAAUAAUCUAUCAGAGGAACAUUUUUCCUGGAAAAGAAAUUACUUGUUUUAAAUAUAUAUAUAUAUAUGGUGAAAAUAAAUGGUAUGGCAAUCCAGAUUCUGGUGAUAUUUAACUCAGUAUAAGGUGUCAAAUUAAGAAGAAGAAGAAGAAGAAGCACAGACUGACUGCCAUGGCUGUGAACACCAAUACCGCGCAGCCCCCUCUGUCCCCCAGCGCUGUCCCUGCUGUCCUGGAGGAGGAACUGCGGGCUCAGUCAGCGAGCCUGGAGCCCGGCCCCGCCCCUGUCACCCUGCAGCCCGUGAGGGAGGAGCAAAGCCCCGCUCCUGGCACACCCUCCCAGGAGCAUGUCCAGGCUCAGGAGGACCUGAUGAUCAUGGUGAACGAGGAGGCGAACAAAAGCAACGGCGUGUACCCGGGACCCGCGGAUUCGCCGCCGCCCUCGUCCCGUUCCUCGCCUCCGCGGCAGCAGCAGCAGCAGCCCAAAUCCUACGCCUACCCCAACGGCAGGAUCCGGGGGAGCAGCCGGUCCGGGUCGCUGGCCUCCAUGAUGGCCUCGCCCCGCCCCUCCCUGUCGCGGCAGCCCAGCACCAUCACCGAGGGGUUGGGCGACGGCAGCAAGGCGCACGACUACCUGUUCCUGGCCAUCCUGUCCUGCUUCUGCCCCAUGUGGCCCUUCAACAUCGUAGCCUUGGCUUACUCCGUUAUGUCCCGUAACAGCCUGCAGCUGGGCAAUGUAGACGGGGCUCGUCGUCUGGGCCGAGUGGCCAAGGUGCUGUCCAUCUUCUCGCUGGUGGGCGGGGUCAUCAUCAUCAUCACCCUCCUCGUCGUCAACUGGGGGCUUAUAUUGAAGUCUUGACCUGGACUUAUGGAGAAACCGCCAAUCACACCAUUUCCACCAUUUUCCCUUGAGAUUUCCAUACUGUUCCCAUGCUAUGCUGUUCUACUCUUCAAAUAAGAAAACCUGCAAAUCCAAGUGUGGAUGGUCUACUGGCCCAUAAGAAGAGCACCACAAGAGGACCUUUGACUGCUUGAAGAUCAGACUAAUACAAGAUAUUCCAUUCAGGACCCCAUAAUUCAGGACCCCGCCAUUCCGGACCCCAAAAUUCAGGACCCCAUAAUGCAGGACCCCAUAAUUCAGGACCCCAUAAUUCAGGACCCCGCCAUUCCGGACCCCAAAAUUCAGGACCCCAUAAUGCAGGACCCCAAAAUUCAGGACCCCAUAAUGCAGGACUCCGCCAUUCCGGACCCCGCCAUUCAGACAGUGCAUGUCAAUUACGGAUGAGCACGAUCUUCUCAGCACAGCUACUGGCUCUCCUGUCACCACCCGACCCAAGGCCUGCAAGACUCAUCCAUUUUCACACUCCAAAUGCAUGGCUUAGCACAAAAA